UUUAUAAAAAAAAAAAAAUCCGAAAAAAAAAAAAUGUUAGAUUUAUUUAAAGAAAUCGACUUUUCAAAAGAACUUAAAGAAAAUCCUAAAAUCGAGCCAUACUUAAAACAAAAAGCAAAAGAAAUAUUUGAAGAAACUUCCGAAACAAUAAAAAAGCCAGUAUUUGAUAAAUAAAUAUUAUUCAAUAACUUUGUUUUAGUAGUAAACCUUCCAUAAGCUCCCAAAGAAAAAUUAGGUUUAUUAAAUAAAGUUAUGAUUGAAAAAGUAUUACUAGCAUGUCAAGUUAAGGACAAUUUAAAAAGUUUAGAAUGGGCAUACUAACCUGACGGAACAACUUCAGGAUAUGCUAUUUUUGAAUUUGAUAGUGUUGAAAAAGCUGAAGAAGCUGCUGUUGGACUUCAUGAAUUUAAGUUUGGUUCAAAUGUUUUAAAAGCAUAUGUUUUAUCUGAUUUUGAUAGAUUCUUUGAUAUCCCUGAUGUUUUCUCACCACCAGUAAAUUUAGAAAAGAAAGAACUGUAUGAUUGGUGUUAAGAAUAUCGUAAGAAAUAAUUUUGUAUUAAAAUAGGAAAUUAAUUGUAUCCUUAUUCUUAUUCUCAUUUAGAAGGAGAACCUUCAUAAGUUUUAUAAUAAUAAGAAUUUAUUGAAUUAAAAGAAUAAUAUUCGUAAAUAGAAUGGAGCUAAAAUGGAACAUAUUUAAUAGAAUAUUUAUCAGACGGAUUUUAACUUUAUGGAGGAUCUGACUUUAAACGAUUAUCUUUUUUUAAGCAUUAAGGAGUAAAAAAUGUUGAUUUUUCCCCUUGUGAGAAUUAUGUUCUAUCCUUUAACGGAACUAUGGCAGACUAAGCAGGUGAAAGUACUUAAGAUGAUGAAAACUAUAUAGUAUGGCAUGUUGGAGAGGUAUCAAAAUUAAGAACCUUUAAAGCAAAAUAAAGUGAUAUUUUUGGAACUUUUAAAUGGAAUUAUGAUGGAUAAUACUUAGGAAGAGUUUAAGAUCAUGUAUUGAGUAUUUAUAAGCUUCCAGAAAUGGAUUUAUUAGCAGAUUAAUAAGGCAAUAAGAGUUCAAUUAAAAUAAGAAAUAUACAAAAGUUUUAUUGGAGUACUAAAUAAAAUAUUAUCAUAGGAUGUUCUUAUAGUGGAAAUUUAAGAGAACAUGAUAAAUAGGUAUCUACAAGAAUUUCUAUGUUCGAAAUUCCUUCAAGAAGAGAACUUAAAUGGAGAAAUUUCAAUACUGAAAGCUCUAAUAUUGAGCUUUAUCCAUCUGCUAAUGGAUAAUAUAUUUGCGCUAUUAUUAAGAAGAUUAAAAAUAAAAAAGUUAGCUCAUAUACACUUUAAGUUGCUAAUUUAAAAAACAAAGGACUGAUGGAAAUCACUGAAAUCGAAAUUAAUGAAAAAGUACAUAAUUAUGUUGUUGAACCUAAUUCUGGUAGAAUCGGGUUUGUUUUUAGAUAGGAAGAAUAAAGGGGUGAAACUAAUACUAUGAUUUUCCAUUCAUAAAUCUAUUAAGUUGAAGAAGAAAAUAAAAGUUUUGCAAUUAAAGAAGUUGGUAGAUUUAAUAAUAGAAACACUAAUGAGAUUAUGCUUUCUUCUAAUGGAACAUUCUUUGUUUUAAUUAAUAAAGAUCUUAAUUCUGCUCAUUGUGGUAUUCUUGAAACUGGGUUUACAAGAAAAGAAAAAGGAAAAUAUGUUAAUGAAUUUACAAAAAAUAUUUCUAACUUGUCCUAUAUGGAUUAUGCUAGUUUUGAUGCUUCUGGAUUGUAUAUUAUUACUGCUUCUAAAAAAACUAAAACUUAUUAAAUUUGGACUGCUUAUGGGGAAUAAUUAUAUAAAGAUACUAUUACUGAUGUUUAAGGUUAUUAGUCUAUUUUAUGGAGACCAUAUUUCAAAGAUUUGUUAGAUGAAAAGAAAAUUGCUGAAAUUGAGUUUAAAUUCAAAGAAUUUAAGAAAAUAUAUGAAGAUGAAGACUUGAAAAUUACUAAUAAAAAGGAAUGGGAAAGAAAAGAAAGAAGAGAAAAAUUAAAGAAAGAGUUUUUGGAAUAUGUAAACAAAAAAAGAUAAGAAUAUUAAGAAAGUAGAUACUAAAGAAUUUAAUUAUUAGGAUUUGAUGAGGAUGCUGAAAGUGAUUUAAGUUGGGAUGAAUUUAUUGAAAACGAAAGAGUAAUAAAUACAUAAAUAAUAGAUUUACAAGAAGACUAAGAUAAUGAUAUUUGA